ACGUCUCUCCAAAUCAACUUCUUCAGCUCAGCCAGCAUCACUCCUUCACAGCCGGUUGCGUCUGCCACUCUUUUCUAACCCAGUUUCACAUUCACUCUUUUUGUUUUCUGUUUUACAUCCAACUUAAUCACACUCUUUUCUGAUAUCCAUCUUUCAAGAUGAGAUACUCCCUCGGUUUCUCUGGUCUUUUGACCAUGGCCUUGAGCUCGACUGGCCUCGCCCAGUCUACUCCUGGACCUACCACCACCGACUUCUCCACCUCUGGUGGAAUGAACGUCCCCACCUCGGUCACCUCUCAGCUGCCCAUCACCUUCGUCACCACCAUGACCACCAUGGCCAGACCUACCAAGUCUCCCGUCCCUGGCAAGUGUGAAUGCGGCACUGGAACCUGCUUCACUCCCGAGAUCUGCUGCCUCGAGUGCACCACCAUCUACGAUGAGUGCUGCGCUGUUCCCGGUGCCGAUAUCGCUAUCUGCAAGGAGAAGUACACUGUCUGCCUCGGAUACAACCCCUUCAUCAUCGUCCCCUGGGAGGUGCCUACUGUCUGCAAGCACGAGGAGUCUUACUACAAGGAGUAUGAGUCCAAGCACGGCGAGUCUUACUACAACUCCAAGUACGACAAGUCCUACGAGCACUCCGAGGUUGAGGUCGAUGUUGAGCAAUGCUGCAUCGAGUGCACUACUAUCUACGAUGAGUGCUGUGCCGUCCCUGGUGCCGAUAUUGCUAUCUGCAAGGAGAAGUACACCGUCUGCCUUGGAUACAACCCCUUCAUUGUUGUCCCUUGGGUGAAGCCUACUGUCUGCAAGCACGGAGACUCUGGCAAGACUGACUACGGCCACAAGGAGGUUGAGGUUACCGUUGAGGAGUGCUGUGUCCAGUGCACUACUGUCUAUGAUGAGUGCUGUGCCGUCCCUGGUGCCGAUAUCGCUAUCUGCAAGGAGAAGUACACCAUCUGCCUCGGCUACAACCCUUGGGAUGUUACCCCCUUCGUCAAGCCUACUGUCUGCAAGCACGGUGAGGACUAUGGUUCCAAGGGAAACAACAACAAGGGCGGCUCCAGCUCCAGCUCCAGCUCCAGCUCUGAGGAGGAGUGCUGUGUCCAGUGCACUACUGUCUACGAUGAGUGCUGCUCCAUUGACGGCCACGACAUCGAGGUCUGCAAGAAGGAGUACGUCGUCUGCCUUGGCUACAACCCCUGGGACGUUACCCCCUUCGUCAAGCCCACUGUCUGCAAGCACGGCGAGGACUCCGGCUCCAAGGGAAACAACAACGGUGGCUCCAGCUCCAGCUCCAGCAAGUCCGAUGACUACUCCAAGACCUCUGGCUCCAAGUCCGACAGCUCCAGCAAGUCCGGCUCCGAUGAGGAGUGCGCUGUUGAGUGCACCACUGUCUACAAGGCCUGCUGCGAUGCUUCCGGUGCCAUCAUUGAGACCUGCAAGACUGCCUACACCACCUGCCUCGGCUUCAACCCUUGGGACGUCACUCCCUAUGUUGAACCUACCGUUUGCAAGAAGGGUGGCAAGCCUUCUGGUGAUGAUGUUGUCAUCGUAUCCGGUGGUGAGCGUGUCCGCCCUGUCCUGGCUCUCCUUGCCAUGGGUGCCAUUGCUCUCCUAGAAACGACUAGCGACUAUGUCGCCGCAUAAUCUUCGCUUCGUUCUUCUAUUUCCACUCCGUUGCUCUGGGGCACCCGCACCUUACCUUCUUACUUUCUCAGUGGGCUGCCUGUUUCUGUGCAGUGGAUGCUUAACAUUCUUAUCGUUUGAUGAUCUUAUGGUUUUAUGGGUGUUGCCGCAUACUCGGCCUAAAAUAGUGCACGAUAGACACGUACGUAAUAUCGACGACUGGAUGGAGAUUCUCUGGAUGGCGGUCCUGGGCUCUUGGGGGCGAUUACAUGUAUUCCAUAGUCUACUUUAGACUCUGUGUCCAGAGAUCAAUUCACUUACUUCUCUGUCAA